UCUUUCAGCACCCUUCUUCCUCUCCAUUGCACACUUCAUUCUUCAUAGUAAAGUCCUUAAUGGAUUGUCGCCACGCUUUUUGUUGAUAUAAUCUCAUACUUAAUAUCUGUCUUUCCCGUGUAUAUACCUCCUGCACGUAUAUAUCUGAGUCACCUCGAUCUGUCUAUACUUUCAUACCGCGAUCAUCCACGUCAACGGUCAACAUGCAGUUGGCUACAUUCCUGCUGGUCGCGCUCCUGUCGAUCUUCAACAUUACCUUGGCAGCUCCCGCCUAUCACCAUUACACCGUGAACCCUGCCAACCCUGCCCUGACCUGGCAUGUCUCCAACUUUUAUACCGGCUGCUCUCCUGGGGGUUGUGCCUAUCGAUUCGAUAUUCUCGGGAUCGCCACUCCAAACACUCCCGGGUUCAACACUACUUGCAACGGCACUGACGUGGAGACAGACUACACCUUCUGCAGAGACAAACACAUCAAAGCUAAAUUGACAGCUUUGAAGUCUCGCGCAUGGAAGGUCGAGGUCAUGCACGCGUGGUUCAAACCUGGAGCCGAAUUCUAUGCCGAGGGUUCGGCCAACAUCACAUCUUCCAUGCGGAACUUUACAAUUCCUGUGACGGAUACAUACGGCGCUGCUUGAGCUGAAUACGGCGACUCGCUACUUAACCAUGAGAUGGCCUGAUCUGAGAAACAGGUCUUUCAUGGAAGGAAUUGAUCGCGUUGAUCCGCGAAAACAGGCCCUUACGCUGGCAACGUGA